AUGCUGCGCGUGCUAGUCAUCCCCGUGCCUACCCGUUUCAAAGAUCUUGACAAAAAGAUCGACCUCGCCAUCGGCCUACAGCUACACCAUAUAACCAAAGCCGCCCUCUGCACCGCGCAAGCGGAAACUAUCGAACCUUCCAAGGCUAUUAACCAGGCCUCGACCUUCAUCCACCAAAACCCGCUGCUCCUCAGCAUCGAGGUUAAGCGCACGUAUGGCGGCACCGAUCCGAUGGUCCAACUGGCUGCUUGGGUCGCCGCCGAGUUCAUUAAGUGCGAGAUCGAAGAAGUAGAUAUUGGGAUGCCGGCGCUGGCCAUGGAGAUCGAGGGCGAUUACUGGCGGUUGUAUGCUGUGGUUGCGACGAUAGAUGAAGCGGAUCUGGAUGCAAAUGGCACUGAGGGGACGCUCAGGCUUAGUGUUAUGGGCCAAGUGACGCUGGGGAGCACGGAUAGUUGGCUUAGCAUGUGUCGUUUAUAUGCCAAUCUGUGUUGCAUCGUAGAUUGGGGUCGGACCGUGUAUCUAGAGUGGUUUGGACGCGAGGUUCUUGGCAUCUACAAGAAGAAGGCCGCGGCGGCUUUUAGGUAG